AUGCCUCCACCACCCCCUCCACCGCCAGUGUACAUGUCAUUCUCCAAGCAAAACGAGAGUACCGAAGCUGCUGAGCUCACGCAAUCUUUCAGCCAGCGGUCGAAUGUCUCCUCUCGCUCGCAGGACAUUGACAUGUAUCGCUCGGCCGACUCCCAUCCGUUUAGUCAAUCUUUUGUAUCAUACCAACCCACUGUCCAACUCGUGCGGACCCGCUCCUACUUCCCUACGCUAACUCUCGCAUCCUACGCCGAGAGGCUCACUUUUGAAUUUGAUUCCGAGGGGUACGAUGUACCGGGACGUGAGGAGACCGCACCUGCCAUGAGGGUAUGGAUGGGGGUACAGGAGGCCCGGGAGGGGAAGGGCGAUGACGGGAGAGAGCCUUGGAAGUUUCAUGAAUUUCAUAUUCAGAGCGUGCAGCAGGUACCUCCACCUGAAGAGGCAUCGCAACAAGACCCAAACAUUCCAGAGCAAAGGAAUAUAGCCGUCAGCGUGACGCAUAAUUUUGCCUGGGUGCGAAAACAUCUUUCAUGGCGUCGUAACGAGAUGAGCGUGGACUCACGAACAUUUCAGCCUUGUGAUCCGGCAAGCAUUUCCAAUAGACCUCACCCACGAGAUCGUUUCAUGAAUGCCAUACAUCGGGUCACAGGAGUUUUGAACACUCGCCGCAACCACCCUAACGUAGGCCAAGAGCCAAACAAAGUGGAGACUCCUCCGAGUCAUCGAUGCAGUACACGUCGCACGGCAAUCAUCUUCCCUGCUUGGGCAAACAUGGUAAGGGCACUCAUAAAUGAGUUUCAAGUAAUGACUGAGGCGUACAACCUCUACCAGCGUAUCUUUGCAAGCGGAGACAUACCCGGAAGGAACCCCGAUGGAAACACUGAAGCCAUGGAAGAUGACCUUGACAAUGAUGAUCUCGGUUCUAUACUUUCAGAGGAGAGUUACAGCCCAGUUAUAGACGCGCUUUGUUUCUGCAGAUAUUCCAGACUGGUUUCUGGCUGGCGCCCGAAGCCUCCUUCCAUUAAUCAAGAGACAGAACCUGCUUCCUCUCCCGAUAAGACGUCAACAAAUCUGACUGCUGUUCCUGCCAGUGUGAAAAUAAACCCUACUCCGAGUUGCGACCAAGGAGCAUCGAAAGGAGCACCAGCUUGCCCUGUAUCUCAAGGCGACGAGCCCGUCGGGGUACCGCCUUUUCUACCUCGCAUGCAGACGAAGCCUCAUUCCCAGGGCGAGGAAGUGGACUCAACUUAUAUUGAUGUUCAAGCUACGCAAUAUAUUUGA